AAUGAAGAUUUGACAAACAUGGGCAAAAAUGACACACAAUCUUCCUCCCAGGUAUCUGAGGAAGAAGAAGGUGAUUAUGAGACUGUGAGUUCUUCCACUCUGGAGGCCAUCCAUGCUUUGAAAAUCCUUCCUGCCAAACCUCUACAAGAAUCCGAAUAUGCAGAUAAACGUUGUUUAAGGCCUUCAGGUACCACUUCCCCAAUGAACAGUCAGCAUGCAUCUCAGCCCCCUCAAUACUCAGCUGCCUCUGAAGACACUGCCAAAGCAGUAUCAGCCACUUCCUCCAGAGCCGAAGACAAGCAGCCAGUUCUUUCACACGAGGAAAGCGCUCAGCCAAACUCACACCUUUCCAAUAUCAGCAAAAGUCACAAGGUUAACACAUACGAGAAAAAAAUUGCACAGAUCAUACACAGCACCAGUCACAAAGCAAACACGGUCCUAGCCAUGGGGUCUCUUCUAAAAAUAAAGUAUCUGAGGAUAGCCAUCAAAAAUGCGAUGUGGACACAAAUGCCAAAAUCAGGAGCCAAGAAACUGAAGGGGUCCAUGUUAAACCUAGCAAAUUUGUCAGUGAAGAAGUCACCAUCUCCUACACAGUACACAGCAUGCAAAACUACAUCAAAACAUUCACUUGUAAAACAGGAAAUGCAAUUCCCUACCCAACCCACUGAAAAGGACUUAAACAAAUAUGAAUGGUACAUUGGAGAAUAUGGUCGCCAUGAAGCAGAGAAAGCACUGUUACAGGAAAACACUGAUGAGACAUUCUUGGUUAGAGAUUGUUCAAAGAAAUCAAAAACUGAACCAUAUGUUUUGGUUGUCUAUUACGGAAGAAGAGUAUACAACAUUAAAGUACGUUUUCUGGAAGACAGCCAACAAUACGCACUGGGAACAGGGCUUAGAGGAGAUGAUAAAUUUAAUUCUGUAAAAGAGAUCAUUGACUUCUACAAAUGUGUUCCCAUCACACUCAUUGAUGGAAAGGAUAAGUCAGGAACGCAGAGAGAACAAUGUUACCUUAGAUAUCCAUUCCAGUUGCGCAAAAGAUGUUUUCUGCCUUAA